CUCGUUUAACCAAACUUAUCCGAUAUGCGUAUCUAUAAUUAGUCGUGAAAUCGAUAUUUAUUACAACGACUCACCAUCAGCGUUAUCCGCUUCCUUUCGCCUUCUCGCCGCGUUGUUACGAAUUUUACGUUUUUUAAACAGAAAGGUGCAGUUCUUCUUCUCUGGCGAUUGCACCGCAUCAUCCAUGUUUGGUUCGUAAAUAUUAUUUCCUUUCUCAGCGUGUCCGGCCGGAUUAAUUUUUUCCGCUACACCCGUACACAGCGUUAUUUUCUGCAUUAAAAUACGGUGACAUCGCGACGUGCUGUGAUCGACCGAAAACAAUUUAGUUCUCCAAAAUUCGUGUAAAUUCGCGCAAAAAAUACGUUCCUGCGGAGUCGUUGAUCUUCGUUCGCGAGAAAUUGGGUUAUAUAUCCUCUGACGCUCAUCCCAUGUUAUAUUUAUAAAUAUAAAUAUCGUUUCUCUCCUAAGUCUUAAAGGUCUUCCAUUUCUUUUGAGCAGCUUUUCAAUUUGAGAAGAACCAUGAGUAAGAAGAAAAAUAUGGCAAUUGACUUUCAAGACAAUAUGAUAUUGCUUACACGUAAAUACUUGAAGCGUAGAAUAAUGUGUCCUGAGACCAAGUUUAGACAUCAUGUUAAGGAGCGAUUACACGUGUUGGAUUUAGUGAAACGUACUGUUGAAAUGGGUGAAAGCAAUUCUGCUUUGUUAAUUGGACCUAGAGGCAGUGGAAAAACAACGCUUGUCAAUAGCGUUUUAAAGGAAUUGUCAGCUUUAAAAAACUUUAAAGAUAAUGCAUUAAUAGUGAACCUUCAUGGAUUGGUUCAUAUAGAUGAUCGUUUAGCACUAAAAGAUCUAACUCGUCAGAUGCAAUUGGAAAAUGUAGUUGGUGAUAAGGUUUUUGGGACAUUUGCAGAAAAUCUAAGUUUCCUCUUAGAUUGCCUGAAAUCUGGUGAUAAGAAACGUUCAAAACCAAUCAUCUUUGUACUUGACGAAUUUGAUCUGUUCUGUGGACAUCACAAUCAGACAUUAUUGUAUAAUCUAUUUGACGUUGCUCAAUCUGCACAGGUGCCAAUAUGUGUAUUAGGAAUUACUUGUAGACUAGAUGUUGUAGAAUUACUGGAGAAGAGAGUCAAGUCGAGAUUUUCACAUCGUCAAAUAUUCUUGUUUCCGGGCGAUACAUCAUCUUCAGAACAGCCUAUGUCCGCAUUUGACGAUCGUUUGGAACUCUUUCAAAAUCUUCUCAGUUUACCUGAUGAUGAGAAUGUCAAUAAAGUUGAGCAACAAUAUGACGAUUGUACGAUAGAUCCACAAUUUGGUUCCAUGUGGAAUGAUUACAUUAAGAGUUUAACUAGCAAUGUUACAAUGGUGAAUUUACUUAAGAGAAUGUAUCAUAUCGAUGUAAGUGAGAGAAGCUUCAGAAAUUUUCUCGCAGUCGCAGUCUCAACAUUAUCCGAGAAGCAUCAGAAAUUGGAAGUGAAUGAUUUUGUAGAAGCUAGUAAAAUCUUUUCAGAGGACGAUAAAUUGUUGAUGCUUGAGGGAUUAUCCAUUUUGGAAAUGUGUUUAAUUAUAGCAAUGAAACACGAGACGGACAUUUAUGACGGCGAGCCAUUGAAUUUCGAAGCGGUCUACAAUCGCUAUAUUAAGUUUGCAAAUCAGAAUUCCUCUAUACAGUCUGUUCAGAAACCAGUUAUUAUGAAAGCUUUCGAGCAUAUCAAGAACUUAGAAAUUUUGGUACCAGUUGGAAACACGAAUACAAAAUUCGAAAAGGAAUAUCAAUAUUAUAAAUUUACAUUAACAUCACAACAAGUUAUGGAUGCUGUGAAAAAUUAUUCAGGACUCCCUACAGAAGUUUCUCAGUGGGCGUUAAGCAGUAUAUAAUAAUGAUAUAGUUGCAUCAUAUACAGUCAACCUAUUGUGUUUCAUAAAAUAACACAUAUAACAAGUAAUUGGUAAGUCUCCUUUAGCAAAGUCUUUGUAGAACAAGUUAUAUAGAUAUAAGAUAUUAGAAUAUUUUUUAUCGCACUUAAAUAGAAAGGAUAAUACACAUAUACACCAUAUCACUAUCACACAUAUAUUACACAUACAUGUAGUAUAAAAAACAAUAGUUAAUUUUUUAGAAACAUUUUUUUUAUGUAUUAAACUUAAAUAUUGAACUACUUUUAAA